AUGUCGAGCGCCGGAGGCCCACCCCAGCGGGGCGGCCGCGGAAGAGGCAGUGACCGCGGUAGAGGACCUGGGGAAGGUAGAGGACGCGGAGGAUACCGUGGUGAUCGUGGGGGAGGCCGCGGAGGAGGUCGUGGCUUGUUCCAGGAUCUGCCCCAUCGUCCUGCUCAGGGCGAUUCUGGACGAGGAGACUUCAGAGGUCGCGGUGGUCGUGGUGGACGUGGUGGUGGUCAAGGAGGCUCUGAUCAAGGCCCUCCUAUCCACUCCCCUCCCGGUGGUGCGCCGCAACCCAGUGCCAGAGUCACGCAGGCGGAAAAUGCCCAAGCAUCAUCUCUCGUCAAGAAAGAGCGGUCUGUUGGAUAUCCCGAACGGCCAGGUUAUGGCACCCAGGGACGGUCCGUUCAGCUCUUUGCAAAUUAUUUCGAGCUCAAGUCUGUCGGAAAGAGUCUAUUCCGGUACCACAUUGAUAUCGAUGGGGGCCCCCGCAAACCUCCCGGGAGGAAAGCGAAGCAGAUUAUUAGCCUGUUCCUCGAUGAUCAUUUCCCACAGUUUCGUCGCAGCAUUGUGACGGACUACAAGUCGAACAUGAUUUCGCAUGUGAAGAUCAUGGAGCAGGACCAGGUGCCAGUCAAGUACACCGUGACCUACCGCGGGGAGAAGGAAGACGGUCCUCGAGAAAACCCGGAAACCUACCGUGUAACAUGCCAGUUCACAGGUCGGGUUGACCCUGCUGAGCUUCUCAACUACCUGACUUCUUCCAACGCAGCCAACAUGCUCCAUGAAAAGGCAGAGAUCCUGCAAGCUCUUAACAUCGUUUUCGGUCAUCACCCUAAAUCAUCUAACUCCAUUGCCUCGGUUGGAGCGAACAAGCACUUUGCAAUCCAGGAUGCCGUUACAGAGAAGUUCAAUCUGGGAGCCGGGCUUGAAGCGCUUCGAGGCUACUUUGUCAGCGUCAGAGCGGCGACGGCGCGUCUGCUUGUUAAUGUUCAAGUCAAAUACGUUGCGUGUUACCAGGAAGGCCCUCUGGGUCACGUUAUUCGCGAGUACCAGUACGAUAACGGAAGAGGUGUCCCUGCGUUGAAAAAACUCCUUGACAAGCUCAGAGUACGGGUUACCCAUAUCAAAAGGACGAACAAAAAAGGGGAGGAUAUUCCAAGAAUUAAGACCAUCCUCGGUGUCGCCACUCCCAACGAUGGAAAGUCGCUCGAGAAGCCACCAAGGGUCAAUUGCCUUGGGGCUGGCCCGAACGACGUUUCGUUCUUUCUGGAUGCUCCUGAACAGGGCAAGAAAAGCAAAAACAUUGCUGGUCCGAAGCCCUCAGGAUCAUACAUCACUGUUGCCGAGUUUUUCAAGCGAAACUACAAUAUCCAGGUAGACUUUAACAUGCCUGUGGUAAACGUCGGAAGCAUAGCCAAGCCAUCAUACCUGCCCGUGGAAGUCUGUCAAGUUGUGUCGGGCCAACCAGCAAAGACGAAGCUAUCGUCUAAACAAACACGGCAAAUGUUGAACUUCGCAGUGCGAAGCCCAGCGCAAAAUGCCCGGUCAAUUGUCACCAACGGAACGAAAACGUUGGGUCUCGGGGAUCAUGCCAAUCCUACCCUGAUGGAUUUCGGCAUUCAAACGAGCUCCAGCCUUAUCACAGUGCCCGGGCGAGUUCUUCCUUCACCCAAUGUUUACUACAAAGAUGAGAAGUCAAAGGACAAGCAGAUUACACCCAUGUAUGGCAGCUGGAACAUGAAGUCUAUCCGAUUCUCGACAAGCUCCAACCUCCAAAAAUGGGCAUGCAUUCUUAUCAAUGCUGGAGGCAGGCAAUACUUCUCAGCUCCUGCCGACCUCCAGGAGUGUCUACAGCGGUUCACACAGAAGCUUAGAGAGGUUGGCGUGAAUGCGAACCCCCCAGUGUCCAUGACUCGCCUUGAUAUUACUGGACAAAGUGCUGAGACUCUCAUCGACGCCAAAAUCGCUGAGGUAAUGCGUCAACAUCAACCAAAAUUGAUAUUAACGAUUCUGCCCUGGAGCGACACUGCGAUAUACAACUGUGUCAAGAAGUCCUGUGACAUCCGCCAUGGCGUGCGCAACAUCAACGUUCUCGCCGAGCAGUUUGCCAAGCGCAAUGAGCAGUACUUUGCUAAUGUCGGCCUGAAGUUCAAUCUGAAACUCGGAGGUGUGAACCAGGUUGUCCGACCGAACCAAUUGGGCAUCAUCGGUGAGGGUAAAACAAUGCUUGUUGGUAUUGAUGUUACCCACCCAUCGCCUGGUUCCGCCAAAGGUGCACCCAGCGUCGCAGCCAUGGUAGCAUCUAUCGACUCUCUUCUUGGCCAGUGGCCCGCUGAAAUUCGCAUCCAAAGGGAAUCCAGGACGGAGAUGGUAGACGCCCUAGACUCCAUGCUCCAAGCACACCUACGCCGCUGGGCGGCUAACCACAAAGGCGCUUACCCGGAGAACAUUAUAGUCUACCGCGAUGGAGUCUCAGAAGGCCAGUACGAUCUGGUCACAGAACAGGAACUGCCUCUACUAAGGAAUGCCUGCAAGGACAUCUAUCCUGCUCCGGACACAGCGAAGAAUCUCCCGCGGAUUUCCAUUAUCAUUGUCGGCAAACGUCACCAUACCCGCUUCUAUCCGACCCGCCAGGACGAUUCAGACCGCUCUAAUAAUACUGUCAACGGCACAGUUGUCGACCGCGGUGUGACAGAAGCUCGCAACUGGGACUUCUUCCUGCAGGCCCAUACUGCGCUCAAGGGGACGGCUCGUCCAGCCCAUUAUUACACCGUAUGGGACGAGAUUUUCCUCAAGCAGAAGAUUACGCCCCCCGCGAAGAAUGCAGCUGAUAUGCUCGAGGCAAUGACUCACCAUAUGUGCUACUUGUAUGGUAGGGCAACCAAGGCCGUCAGCAUCUGUCCACCAGCCUACUACGCUGAUCUCGUCUGCACGCGUGCCCGUUGCUACCUAAGCAGCGCAUUCGAACCGGCUACGCCCACCGGUAGCGUCAUAGGUUCUAGCGAUCCAACCGUCAUGGUCGAUAGUAAUGAUGUGCUGAUUCAUCCAAACGUCCGGGAUACGAUGUUCUAUAUUUAA